AUGUCUUCAUCUUCGGACAACCAUACAGUGGAACCAAUUGGUAUCGAUUAUACUUGGGCGGAAGAUGCCCUGAUAGUGCCGGUCCCUGAAGAAUGGUUUCCUAUUAGGGAAAUUAGAAAUGGGAACUCUAUCCCGUGUAUUAACAUUACGACUAUACCUGAGUUGAUGAUGUACAUUGAAAGGUACGGCACCUCAUUCAUUAUGUUAGUAGAUGAUGAAUUUACACCAAUUACAUCGAAGGAGCGGUCCAACCUCUUGAUAUGUGCACGAGUACACGACAUUGAAUAUAGGUCGUAUUUUCUUGAUUCAGUAUCACAAACAUCUGAAUCCGACGAGGAAGACCCAUUCACCUUCAAGAACUUGAGUGCUCUUGCGAGGAGUAGAUUACGCAGAGAGGUUGAAAUGUGGGAGUCGGAUGCACCUUCUGGCUUCCGUCUUCAUUCCUCAGAUACACUUAAAAGGUGGUUAAUUGAAAUGCAAGAUGCUCCCGAGAGGUUGUAUGCUGGUGAAACUUUCCAGCUUCAAGUUGAUUUCCCUGAGCAUUAUCCUAUAGAAGCUCCUCGGGUGAAAUUUGUGCCUCCCGCUCCUUUGCACCCUCUCAUUUAUAGCGAUGGGCACAUCCGUUCAGAUGCAAUGAUAAAGUGGUCGCCUACCAUGACAGUUAGUUCUUUGUGCAUGUUCAUUCUCUGUAUGCUGUCGAAUUCUACUGGGAAGGAACGCCCUGAAGAUGACGACCAGCAUGUUAGUACUUGUAGAUCUCCAAAUUACGGAGGGUUUCUUCCACGAUAGUAAUCAGGAGAAAAGUCCAUAGAGUGGAGUGACCACAGUAUCUCAUUUUGCUUCUUCCAUGAUAGUAAUCAGGACAAAAGUCCAUAAAUGAGUGACUAAUAUCUCAUUUUUUUACUUGUUGUUUCUACAAUUGUAUAUUCCCACUUAGUUACGGAUAACUCUUUUUUGUGUAAAGAGUAAGAUAGUAU